ACAAUAUAUUAACGUGAUUGAGGUACAGCACUCGAACACACUGUAGUUCUCGUUGACGUGUGACGUCCUGAGAAUCUGUCAAGAAUUACUACCCUGAUCAUUUCAGUAGCUAUUGGUGUAAUAACGGUUGAUGUAUAGUGGAAUGUUUAUUCGUAAGGAUGAAACUUCAGUGGCGCUCAUUUGGUUACAAAUCAAAGAUUGUAUUUUUGUGUUCCAGUGCAAAUUUCAUAAAUGCAAUUGAUCGAGUAUUGAUGCCACUGGCAAUAGUUCCAAUGACCAUUGAAUACAAGUGGAGUCUCUACCUUCAAGGAUGGAUACUUUCUGCAUUUGCUUUCGGCUACUUCACAAGCCAGAUAAUUGGUGCAAAUGCUGUAAACAAGUAUGGCGGCCGAAGAGUGCUGUGCUUUGCUGUGCUUCUUUGGUCCUUAUCAACAAUUAUUACACCAUUUGUAGCUUGGUACCUACCUGCCCUGAUCUUUUUUCGUGUGGUUUUGGGAGUUGGAGAAGGCCUUGGGUUGCCGACCAUUUUUCAACUGUUUGCUCAGCAUAUACCAGCAGAAGAAAGAAGUAGGGCUUUUGGAUAUAUGGUUGCAGCCGGAUCGAUUGGACAGACAUUUGCUUCUCUGUUUGUCCCACACAUGGACUGGAAAGUGUCUUUUGUAUUAUUUGGAGUGUCUGGUGUAUUGUGGGUCAUCUGUUGGCUACUUACAUAUCAUGAUUCACCCAUUGUUCCAGAUGAAGAAGGACAGCUUAUGCUAGAGAAGGAAGUCAUGUGCAUAUCAUGGGUAGAAUGGAUAUCACAUUGGUCGUUGUGGUCCAUAUACAUAGCUCAUUUUGCCAUGAAUUGGAGCAACUAUAUCAUAAUGCAGUGGCUUCCCACUUACCUGUCACGCACAUUGGGAGCCAACAAAGAGAGUAUGAGCCUCACUGCUGUGCCUUAUAUCAUCAGUUCCCUGUGUGGAGUUGCAUGGGGUCAUAUUGCGGAUCAGAUGAUAGUUAUUGGAUGGCCUCUCUUGAGAGUACGACGCUUAAUGACAUUCUUUGGGCUUGUUGGACCCGGUGUAUGUCUUGCUUUGUUCCCAGAGGUUACAAAUUUGGUUGUUGCUGUUCUAGUAAUAUCAUUGGCUAUGGCACUUUGUGCAGCGAACUCCGCAGGACACCUGAGCAACCACGCUGACAUUGCCCCACAUCAUGCUGGAGUAACAUUUGCUAUUUCAAAUACAAUAGCCACCAUUCCUGGGAUCUUAUGUGGACCUUUGACUGCUGAGUUAGUCGUUGCAUCUCACGGACGAUGGUUUCCUGUGUUCCUUUUGGCUGGGACUAUUAAUUUUACUGCUGCAAUGAUAUAUCAAACCCAAAGCUCAGCAAAACCUGUUCUAUGACAGAGAGACUAGAUUUAGUUUGUUUUAUAAAUGAAAGAGUUUGUAAAAGA